GGGGCCGUAUCCACAAAGAUCCUUAGGCAUUUUCUUAGUUAUUUACUUAAGUUCGAAAAAUCACCUAAGGCAAGAUUUUCCCUUAAAUAUUCUUCUUAAAAAUUCCUUAGGAAAAAGAUUAGGUAAGUUUUUGUCUCGUGCAUUUUUUUCCCUCAGUGAAACAUAAUUCGCCUAAGGAGUGACUUAAGUUUGUUGUCAGGGACAUCCCCGGGUUCCCUGACAUAAAAAUAGCAUCACGAUGACGUCGUCAUUAUAACAUACCACGAGAUUUCUCGGCACACAAAAAUGGCGGUUGUCUCUGUCUAAAGAGAAUCGGUUGAAUUUUAUUACGUGUUUUAAUUUCCGAAGCGUGCCACAAGGAGUUUUUAUGGAAAACAUAAAGGGAGUGACUUUUAUUACAUGCAUACAAUGCUUGUGAAUUUAAGCAGCAUUAAAUGCCAUGUUUUAUUUGUGAUUCCCACUGUCGGCGUUUGGGUUUUUUGUGGAUCUUAAAAUAGCACUGAAGCGAUACCGGAUGUUUAUAGCAGACGGCGUUUUGUCAAAACUGUCAAAAUGGAAGAAAAAAGAAAACGCAAUCCCAACUUUUCGCUGCAAGAUUCCUUGCUUCUUACCCAAAUAAUGGGAGAGACGCAUCCCGACUUCCAUGAUAUGGACAUGUCUUUCCACAAGGUUGAUAAGGCUAGAUUCAGCAAUCGAAUCAGCAAAGCAACAAAGAAUGCACUGUGGGUGGCAGUUACUGAAAAUUUCAAUGCCAGAGCCCAGUUUAGAAGGGAGCAAUCCAUUUUGGAGAAAAAAUGGGAAAAUCUACAAAGGGACCACAGAAAUCUGUACAUGGAUUUUCAAAGAGAAAUUUCAUUGACAGGGCGAGGUCCAAUUGGCAGAACAUUGUCUGUCCUCACAGAGGCAGUAAUUGAUGUUAUUGGAAAGCAGAGUGCGGCAGUUGUUGGGGCAGCAGGAGCAGCAUAUGACUCAACAUUGGCCUCACUUAUGCUGUAAGAUUCACAAACAAGUAUAAUUAAAAAUAUGUUACUUCCUUAACU